GAAGAGCACGGCCACGGCCAGGGCUGCAGGCGCGGCCCCGUUUCUCUCUGCUGCCGGAAUUCCCAAACCAGCCCAACGGAGCCCUCAGAGAGCGCGAUGGAUGAGUGGGAUCUCCCACAAUGGAAAAAAGAGGUGGAAAGUCUCAAGUACCAGCUGGCCUACAAGAGGGAGAUGUCGUCCAAGACCAUCCCUGAGUUUGUGAAGUGGAUUGAGGAUGGAAUUCCUGAAGAUCCCUUCCUGAACCCGGAGCUGAUGAAGAACAACCCCUGGGUGGAGAAAGGCAAAUGCAUCAUCCUCUGAGCAUGGAGUUUCCAGGAGUUUGUUCCACUUCCAACAUGAGAACCUGAACAAAAGCCCUGAACAAAAACCCUGCCCUCACCUCCUUUCUUCUCCUGUAGUUGUAGAAGGGGUUUUAGAAACAGGGGGGACACGGGGAAAUCCCCCAGGAUGGGGGGAGGAGCAGCAAAGGCUUCUCCAGGGGUCUGCUGCAGCUUCAUCUCACACUUCUGCCAGCCAAAAAAGGCAGAGUUUGCAACUUGUAAAGAAGGUUUUUAUCAAACCCCCCAGUUUUAGUGAUUUUAGAUACUUUUGUACACUGUAGGAUAUAAUUCCACAGCAACCCAGGCAGAAUCUGGCACCUCAAGGUUUAUGACCGAAAUAAA